UUUUUCUUUUGCGUCACAGUGACCACGAACGAGACGAUGGAAUACACGGUGCUGCAACAGCGUAAAAAAGCACUGCGCAACGCUUUUUUCGGAAUAAACGAAGGAAUGUGCAGCGAAGUGGACAGUUGGAUGAGCAGGAAACCAAAAGACGAACCCGAGAAGGCGUACGCUACGAGCGACUUGGAUCGAUACUCGGAAAUAUAUAAUAUGAAACACAAACGACGAGGCAUCGCGUUAAUCUUCAACCACAUCAACUUCAAGAAGAUGCACUCGCGAGCAGGCGGGGAAAUAGAUUCGAAGGAACUAGCGCAAACAUUACAUUACCUUGGCUUUGACGUUCGGGUCUAUAUCGACCCGCCUCUUAAAACGAUAUCGUCGACGUUGAAAAACGCUGCCGCGGAAGACCACACGGAUGCCGAUUGUCUGAUCGUCGCUGCUAUGUCGCACGGAGAAUCGGGUUUCCUGCAUACGACCGACAACGUGUACCCGGUGGACAUGCUGUGGACUCCCUUCCUCGGCGAUCGAUGCCCAAGCCUGGCCGGCAAGCCGAAAUUAUUUUUCAUUCAGUCUUGCCGUGGGACGCAGCUGGACAAUGGGGUGGAAAUUAUUCACGAGACGGACUCCACGUCGAAUUACAGCCUGCCUGCCUACGCGGAUAUUAUGGUCGCGUACUCUACUUAUGACGGUGGGUAGAUGUGUGUUUCGCACAUUUUUU